ACAAAUCAAAAUCAAAAUCAAAAUCGGAUGGGUGGGGUUUGAAGGUAGUCCGCCAUAGUUUGAGAGAGAGAGAGGAGAUAGAGAGCAAUGGGUGAUAACCUAUUUCUGGGGUUACCACCUCCUUCUGCGCCUCCUCCUCCUCGAUCUUCAGCUGAACAACAGCAAUCGUCCACCACCUCCGCCGCCGCCACUGCCGCCGCCAAAGAAUCUUUGCUAAAGCCGCCGCCCCGUCCUGCUCUCAAGAGCGCUCUCAAACGCUCAAAGCCUCCCCAACCGCAACCUGAAGUGCCAGAUACUGUACCUGGAAAGCGGUUGAGAUUUAAAACCACCACAGAUGCCUCAGAAACCCAAGUUAUAGAGGCGAUGCAGAAGAUAGCGUCCCAUAUAGCUAAUCCUUCUAAGUUUGGCAAGGCAUCAAAGCUUGCUAUUCAACUGAUUCAGGCUGGCAGUGUUACCACUGGAACGAGUGACUACUUCUUUUCCAUUUUGGAAUCCGCAAUGUCUUCGCCUACUGCUUGUAAUGAUACUUCAGUAAGAGCAGAUUAUCAUGCAUUGUUCUCCGCAGCAGAAGAUGCAGUUGAAUGUUUAAGCAAGAAGCAGAGAAAUCAAUUUACUGUAUGGAUGAUUAGGGCUGUAGUGGCGAAUGAUCUAUUCACUGAUGACAGCUUUGUGUUUUCAAAAGCUACUGGACGAAUUAAAGAAGCUAUAUCGAACCUUCCUAUUGCUACCAAGGAUGAAGACAUGGCAGAAGCUGCAGCUCUGAAAGACGAGGCUGAAUUGGAUAGUCAGAUAAUGCCUGGUGCAUCUUCAGUCGCUAUAUCAGGAUUAAGUAAUGAGGAUGACUCAGAUCCAUUUGGCCUUGAUGCUUUAAUUCCUAGCAAAUUGAAGAGAGAUGAGAAAAUGAAGGCAAACAAAGAGGCAUCAACAAAGAUUUGCGAGGAAGAUAAAGAGACCAAGAGAUUUCUCAAAUCUCAGAGGGAAGCCUGGAUUCUUUGUUUGGAGAUAGCUGCGCGGCGUUAUAAAACCCCAUGGUGCCAAACAGGCAUUGAUAUCUUGGUAAAGCAUGCCUUCGAUAACAUUUCGAAGUUCACCACCAAACAAAGAGAUGCUAUUGAGAAGCUUUGGGCUUCUAUACGCGAACAGCAAAUCCGCAGGAAGCAAGGGAAGUCGGUAUCCGGGAAACUUGAUGUCAAUGGUUUUGAAUGGCUCCAGCAGAAAUAUUCAAAUGAGAAGAUUAGCAUUCGACAUUCUGUUAGUGGAGUUGGUUCGGACCGACGUGCUGAACAGUGGCUUGGUUAGCACAGCUCCUUCAAUGUAAUUUGUAUCGCAGCAUUAGUCAUGGCUAGUCAUAAAGAAAAAGGGAAAAGCGAGAAGGGGUAGAAAUCAUCCGUUCAGUCGAAGGUUACCCCAGGUUGGUUUCUGUACAUUUUUAACAGUUCGAAUAGUAGUACCGGAUUUUUUUUGCUGGGACUUUUAUGGAUCAAACCCAGAAGUCAUGUAUAGCUUCUUGAGAAACUCCAUUGUUGUGGCAUUUCUUGUUCUUACCAAAAUUUAUGCCUGUUACACUGCUUUCGACUUUAUUUGUUUUCCCAAUAUACUACUUCUCGACUUUUAGAA